UGAUUUGAAUCGAGUCAAAUCUGGAACUGGUUCGAUUCGAGGGAGAAAUCACAUUUCUUCGUCGCCGGAGAAAAUGGGGGAUUUCAAUCUCGCGCUGUUGAUUGUGGCCAUAGUUGUGUGCGUUAUCGUCUUCCUCAUCAACAUAUAUCUCCUCAUCAACUACCAGCAUCCAGACGAUGUUAACCAGGCCUACUUUCCCAAAUUCGUCGUCGUUUUCGGCCUCUCCGUUGCCGCCAUCUCCAUCUUCAUGCUACCGGCGGAUGUGGCCAACAGGCAAGCCUGCCGCCACGCAAUUUACAACGGCGCCUGCAAUCUAACCCUUCCGAUGAAGGACCUCUGGCUUGCCAUCUACAUUGUCGAUGCUUUGCUGGUCUUCUUCAUUAUUCCAUUCGCUAUGUUCUACUAUGAAGGAGACCAGGACAAGAGUCUUGGCAAGAGGAUUAAGAGCGCUUUAUGUUGGGUUGUAGUUACUGCAAUUGUGUGCGCGCUGGUUCUUGGAAUUUUAUAUGGGCUUGCUGGAAAGGUGGACUUCACUGUAAGGCACCUUUCUUCUGGUACUACUGCCUUCCCGAACACAUUUACAUUAUCUUCUCGUGACCCAUGUACUGGAAAUGCACGUCAGUGUUCUGCAUAUUCUGCAAGUGCUUCAUCUGAAAAGACGUGGACGAUGCGCACUACAUUUCCUGAAUAUGUUGUUGCUUUGGCUACAAUCGUUGGAUCAGUGCUAUUCAUGAUUUUUGGUGGUGUUGGUAUUGCUUGCCUCCCAUUGGGGCUUAUAUUUUCAUUCAUCAGGCGUCCGAAGGCAGUUAUCACUCGGUCGCAGUAUAUCAAGGAAGCGACUGAAUUAGCCAAAAAGGCUGGAGAAGUGAAGAAAGCAGCUCUUGCUCUGCAGCAAGAAGAAAGAAAUGGUAAAAAAGGAAGAAGAUGGCGGAAAAAUGUGAAGGAAGUUGAGAAGGAGUUGCUGCUUCUGGAAGAUGAUAUGAAGUCUCUAGAGGAAAUGUACCCCCAAGGGGAAAAGGCAGAGGCUGCAUGGGCUUUGACUGUCCUUGGAUAUUUGGCUAAGCUUCUUCUCGGCAUUUUAGGAUUGAUUGUUUCAGUGGCUUGGAUUGCUCACAUUGUGAUAUAUUUAUUGGUUGAUCCUCCUCUUUCACCCUUUCUGAAUUUGGUUUUCAUCAAGUUAGAUGAUGUUUGGGGACUUCUUGGCACUGCAGCAUUUGCUUUUUUCUGCUUCUACCUUCUUCUUGCAGUGAUUGCUGGGGCUAUGAUGGUUGGGAUGAAACUAGUUUUUAUCACCAUUCAUCCAAUGAAGUGGGGAGCUACGUUGAUGAACUCCUUUCUUUUUAAUGUGGGCCUUAUUCUUCUUUGCUCUAUCAGUGUUAUUCAGUUCUGUGCCACGGCCUUUGCAUACUAUGCUCAAGCUACUGCAGCUCAAGAAAUAUUUGGUCACACGCUGCAAUCUCUUCGCGGAAUCAAAUAUCUAUACAAGUACAAUGUGUUUCAAAUUGGAUUUGUUGUUCUUGCCGGGGUGACAUUUGUGUAUUACCUUGCUUUUGGCUGGAGACGGAGAAAGCCCAAUGGCAGGUUUCAGCUUUCCAGCUGAGGAUUCAGUUGCAUAAUCAUAGAGUGCAUCUCUUCUCUUACACUGUAUUUGGACUCUCCGAUUUCUCCCGGCUUUUGUNUGUAUUACCUUGCUUUUGGCUGGAGACGGAGAAAGCCCAAUGGCAGGUUUCAGCUUUCCAGCUGAGGAUUCAGUUGCAUAAUCAUAGAGUGCAUCUCUUCUCUUACACUGUAUUUGGACUCUCCGAUUUCUCCCGGCUUUUGUCUAGUGUUCUUCAAUGGAGUCCUGCUGCCUCUGCCAUCUCUCACCGGUACUGCCGAUCCCGACAUUAUUUUCCAUCUUUUUUUAUGACAUGUAUAUUUCGUUUGCAAGUUGUACAUUGACAUGGCCAUGUAUUUGUCAACAGUUUGGAGUGUUAUUGGUCUAGGAGUUGAGCUGCCUCUUGUGUGUAACAUAUAUAGGUUAUUGAUACAAACAGACUUCUCCCAAUUUUCUUGAUUCUUGUAUUGAAUGGGUUCUCAAUUUGUGUUCCAAUGG